UUAGUUGCGUGCCGGCAGCCGACGCGGGCGUGUGUCUGCGGCCCUUCACACAGUACCUACACAACGUUGCCGUCGGAAAACUUGCGACCGCUUUUAGAAAAUAACUUACCAAGUGAUUUUUUUGUUCUGAUAAAAAUUGGGUGUUACCGUAUGAUGUAGGAUUGCUGUGACAAUUGUUUUGGCGGGAAAGUGAAACUUAGUUGCAUCGUUUCGCCAAUGGCGACGUCGUCGCUAAGAUGUUCACGGCGAAACUGAGAGUGCAAAUGGAACAAUGGAGCGAUGGACUAAAACCGAGUGUGACUAGUGAUAAUAACAGUUAAGGCGAUGUGUUAAAGUUCGGCCACGACGACGAACUACAGCGGGCUGGCCGCGGCCAGCGAUGUUAUGGACGGUAUCUUCGGCAAUGAGAGCGAGUGGGCGAACGCGACGGCGGCGGCGCCGGAGCAGGACCUGUACAACUACUGGCCGUGGAGCAUCGUGGAUGGAACACUUAUGCUGCUCAUCGUCAGUGGGAACACCCUCACGAUCCUGGCCGUGACCCUCAGCCGCCGGCUCUCAUCCCUCGUUUCCAACCAGUUCGUCCUCAACCUAGCCAUCUCCGACCUGAUGGUGGGGUUGACCCUCCCCUACCACCUCGUCUUCUACCUGGACGACGACUUCGGCAAAAUCAAAUGGUCAUGUCUGAUGAGAUUUAUACUCAUCAUAUUGGCCUGCCUGGCGUCCAUAUACAACAUCAUAGCGAUAGCUGUAGACAGGUACAUAGCGAUAGUGCAUCCCCUGCACUACAGCCGCUACAUGACGAAGCUGGUGACCAGGCUUCUGAUGAGCACAACCUGGUCGGUGGCUCUUUGCAUCAGCUGUAUACCCAUGUUCUGGAACGAUUGGCACGAUGGCGUAGCGUGUGAGAUGAAUAUGGUGGUGCCGAAAGAGUACACGACGUCAAUCCUAGCGCCCAUGUUCUCUCUCAUCUGGAUGGUGAUGUUCGUGCUGUAUUGGCGGAUAUGGCGCGAGGCGACGUGCCACGCGCGCCGCAUGCGCGCCAACACGUGCUGCCCCACUGGCGCCAACGAUUGGAAGAGCAUACAGGUGGUGCUGCUAGUGCUGGGGUCGUUCUCAAUUUGCUGGAUGCCGUUCGUGGUGGUGGCGUGCGCUCAGACCCUGCCGGUCAUCACGCUGCACAGCCCCGUCGCGUACCGGUUGACAUCAUCCCUGGCCAUGUCUAAUUCGGGCAUUAACCCGCUGAUAUACGCGUGGAAGAACGCAGGGUUCCGAGCGGCGUUCGUGAAGCUACUGCGAUGCAAACGGCCAGAUACGUCGGAGUAUAGAGGAUCGCCAGCGCCGGAGAGGAAAAGAGGCUCAGUGGCGCUAAGGGAAGGGUCUAUAACGCGUUCGAGCGCUCCCAGCGCGCUCUCAAGCAUGGGAGGACGGCCAGCGAGGCUGCUGUACGUCGAACGCGAGACCGACACGUCGAGGUGCCGCAUAAUCGAGAACGCAGGCUACGUGGAGGAGGGAGGGGACGCGAACCCCUCCUACGCGCCCGACCCGACCCCGGUGCACCGACCCGCCACGCGACCCGACGUAGUGUAGUGUAUCUUAAAACGUUCAUAGACGUUCAGUGGGAAACGUAAAACGCUUCUAGCAUUUAAAGUUGUUAGUGACUUUAGGUACCCCCUUCGCAUUAAGGUACCUGUUUGAAUCUACGCUCAAGUUUAUAAAAGCUUUAUUGUUGAUAUUUUAUUGAUAGAUUUUAAUGAGUUCCCUGCCAUAAUGAAAUUCUUACUGAGGUUCUCUGUCACUUAAAUAAAUUGAGAUGUUUAAAUUAUAAAAUUAUAGCUAAAACUGUUCGAUGUAAAAUUAAAAUAUGUAAUUAAUUC